AUGGUUGGCUUAUCCUUCUUCACAAUCUGGAUCACUGCACUGGCCUCAUCAGCACUAGCCAGUCAACCUGACAUCAUUCGACGCGAGACCAUCGAGAACGGAUCUCCUCUUUAUGAGUGCCAUCUCGCCUGCGGUGAGGUAAUCCUACAAGCUGAAAGCAGCAAAUACUGUUCCAGUUCAAACUACACAGCCGAUCUCAGUGAAUGCCUGAAAUGCGCCGAAACGUGUGAAAUCUGGAAAUACUACGGCACAGAGGUAAAGGAGGCAGCUGGUAACUGCAGUGAUUCUGCAACACCAAGUUCCUCUUCAACUGGUAGCUCAUGCGCCUCAACUACUGGUGCCAGUACCGCGACUGGAGCUGCUAACACUGCUACAACUACUGCUACCACUACUGGCACUUCUACUGCCACGGGCUCUACUGCAAGUCUCACUGGUGCUGCUUCUACCCUGCAGCAGAAUAUUGCUUUCUCGGGUGCGUUGGGUGUUUUUGUGUGGGCUUUCCUUGCAUAA